AUGUUGCGGUCUAUUGCUAUAUAUUACAGUAAGGGCAUAAUGGGUAAAGUAAAACAUAGAGCAUCUACCUACAGUUAUUCGGCACAAACAAAUAAGCAUACGCGUAUGACAGUUGCCAAUUGUCCCAUCCCUCGUCUUCUUCAAUAUCAUAGGUUGACAAAAUAUGUAAAGAGCAUUGAGGGAGGAAAUCUGUACGAUGUUCGUGAUACACUUUGUAAUGGCUUGGAAGAGAAAGACAGUGUAAGUGGUUGUUAUCAAGAUCUUGAAGAGUUACUUAUCAGGCUAGCUGAGUUCUACCUAGUUACUAAGUUCUAUGAACUCUUAACUUUUAGUGAGUUUAACACAUUUCAUGUUGCUUUAGGUGGAGAUCGAGCCCUAUUUGAUAAAGAUGAUUCUGCAUGUGCAUGGCUUGUUAGCAUUUUAAAUAUUGGUCAAGGUGAGUUAAGUUUAAAUGAAGACUUUCUUUUGCUUGGAGCAAAUUGCAGUGAGAGCUGUAUCCCUGUAAAACGUUUCCUGCAAAAGUUGCUAGUUGACAUUAAGAGAAUUGAGAGUAAAGCAUUUAAAAUUUCAUGCAAGGAUAAGACAGUUCAAGUUAAGUUUAGAGUAUCAGAACUACCAAAUGACAUGAAAAUGUUAGCUUUUAUAGGUAGAGAACUUUCCAACAGUGCCAAAUACUUUUCCUCUUUUAGUAAUGUCACAACGUUAUAUUUUAAAUGUGCAGGAAAACGACAAAAAUGCUAG